GAAGUUUCAUGCAAUAAAUAGUAAACGCCACUAUAAUUUAGAAAGUUUAACUUAUUGAAAUUAUUACUGACUACCUCUCAAAUUAAAUGUUUGUAAACUAUUUUAUGUUUAUACCUUAAUUAAUAUUUUUAUUUUUAUCGAUAUGAAACAAAAAAGUAAAUGUUAUAUCAUGUAAUAAUGACUAUAUGUUCUUUAAGUCUAAAAAAUAUUUACGCUAAAUAUAAAGUUUUUCUAGAGAAUAGGUUAGACUACUAAAAUAGGCUUGAGGUUUUAUGGAAAAUUCUAACAUGACAUAGCAUUUCUGAUUAGACAAUCGUUUCUAAGUAUUUGAAGUGGAUAAAGAAUUUUCAGUAGCUAUCUGAUAGCAGUUGUAUCGCCAUGAAUCGAAUAGUGAUAUUUGGAGCUACAGGAAAUACCGGACUAUGUGCUUUAAAUAGCGCUGUAAAUAAGGGAUUAAAUAUAAGAGCAUUUGUAAGAGAUGAAAGCAAAGUACCAACAAAUUUAAAAGAUAAAAUUGAAAUAGUCGUUGGAGAUGUUACUAAUGCAGAAGAAGUUUCAAAUGCAAUAUCUAAUAGGGAUGCAGUGGUUGUUGUGCUUGGCACACGGAAUGAUUUAAGUCCAACUACAGUAUUGUCCAAUGGUAUGAAAAAUAUAAUAGAUGCUAUGAAAGUACACAAUGUAGAAAUAGUAUCUGUUUGUUUAUCUGCAUUUUUGUUUUACAAACCUGAAGCAGUGCCUGAUAUAUUUAAAGAUGUAAAUGCAGAUCACCAGCGAAUGUUCGACCUUCUUAAAGAAAGUAAAUUAAAAUGGAUUGCAAUAUUACCACCCCAUUUUACAAAUGUACAAAGAUUAAAAUAUGUAGUAAAGCAUGAUGAGUCUCCUGGUCGGACUAUUUCCAUACAUGAUUUAGGAGAUUUUCUUAUUGAAAGUCUUCAACAACCAGAACAUUAUCAGAAAGUUUGUGGUAUUGCUAACAUUGCAUAAUAUAACAAAAAGUACAUUUUGUAAUGUGGUCAGAAUUAAAAAAUAUUUUGGAGAAUAUUUUCGGCUUUUAGUCAUAUAAAAAAAUAAAUAGGUAAUAUGAAAAGGCACCUUCUAAUUUGUACAAAAUGUAUUACAUUGAAAGUAUGCAGCUACUGAAAAAUAUUUGUGAUUUUAAAUAUCUAUUGGAAUGGUUAUAAUUUCUUGUAAAAUAUAAGGAUGUGUGCAUGAGAAGUGUUUCUGUAUUUAAAAGCAAUUAAAAAAAUAAUUUUUUAGAUAAAUAAAUAAAUAAUAUACAUUUGUGGAAUAUAAAAGAAUCUUGAAAAAAAUAAAACUGUUACUGUGAUGAUAA